AUGCUCCGCGGAGAUCGGUUGGACGGUGGAGGCGGAUUCCUUCGUCCAGACCCAGCUUCCGUUUCUCUGCGUCUGUCCUUGCUCUACUUGGGAUGGGUGUCACCCCUGUGUUCUCUGCCCAGCAAAGAAAAGAAAGUGAAUUGCAAGCCCAAGAACCAAGACGAACAGGAAAUCCCUUUCCGACUCCGAGAGAUUAUGAGGAGCCGCCAGGAGAUGAAAAACCCCAUCAGUAACAAGAAGAGGAAGAAGGAGGCCCAGGUGGCCUUCAGACAGACAUUGGAGAAGGAAGCAAAGGGAGAGGAGCCAGACAUCGCCAUCCCCAAGUUCAAGCAGGGGAAGUGGGAGUCCGAUGGGGCCUACAUCCAACGCAUGGAGCAGGAGGCCCAGCACGUGCUGUUCCUCAGCAAGAACCAGGCCAGCCGGCAGCCAGAGGCACAGGCAGCUGCCAAGAAGGAGAAGUCAGAGCGGAAGAAAGCGUUUCAAAAGCGGCGACUGGAUAAAGUCCGGCAGAAAAAGGAGGCGAAGGCAGCAGAAAGGCUAGAGCAGGAGCUGCUCCGAGACACGGUGAAAUUUGGUGAGGUCGUCUUGCAGCCCCCAGAGCUGACCGCCAAGCCUAGGAGGAGCACAAGCAGGGACCAGCCUGCCAAAAAAUCACUCACGCUGAGGACGCUUUUGAGCCCUGUUGGUGUGUCCCAGCCUCUGGCCACCUCGCUGGCCCGACAGCGGAUCAUGGGGGAGGAGCGAGAGCGGGCUGUGCAGGCCUACAGAGUGCUGAAGAGGCUGAGGCAGCGGCGGCAGGUGGCGCUGGCGCGCCAUGAUGGACAGAGACCCGGGGCCUGGCCCGUUCUCCUGGGAAACUAGCACGGGGGGCUGCUGCGCCCUGGGGGAUGGGGGCACAUGGGCAGAUCCUGUUCCCUGGACUCACUCCGGGACUCCCAGGGGCUCACAGUCCAGCUCAGUGUGGGGAGAGGUCUCCAGUCUUUUCUCUCAUGUUUCCCCUCUAAAGACUUCUUAUUCGUGAGUGACCACUGAUGGGCCCUGCAGAUGGUGGAGACGCACUGCCAGUGGGACCUCGUGCCUCACGGCCCUGAGCCUGACAUCACUCACACCUUCAUUUGAAACAGAGAAGUCCAGGCUGAGACAACCCAGGGCCACUUCAGGGAGGGCCAAAUCCUGUGAUCCUGACCCUAAAAGCCAAUUAAUUAUUGAAACUGCU